AUGAUUGCCCAGAGUGUUGGGAGUCAUCUGGCUGACUCUGCUUUGAGGACAGUUGACUGGCUGUACCAGAAAAGAGCCCUGCAAAAAUUGGGGAGGGUGAAACCAGACUUAAAUGAUCGAGGAAAAGAGAGAGAACUGAUGAGGAUUGCAACAAGAGGGGUAGUACAACUCUUCAAUGCAGUUCGAGAACAUCAAAAGACACUGAAGAAAGAGUUAAUGAAAGUCGGAGCCUCAGAAGUUGCAAAGGAAAAGGUUCAACGCAGCAUUAAUCAUGACAAGUUCCUACAGCUCUUGAACAGAGCAGCUGAACCCCAAGCUCCAGUAGGAAGAUCAGUGAUGGCAACAUCAGGAACGAACUGGGAAGUGCUCAGAGAUGACUAUAUGAUUGGUGCAAAGAUGCGUGAUUGGGAGAAGGAAUCCUCUGGAGAGGAGGAAGAGAAAGAAUUUGAAGAUAUUUUAAUGUGACAUGAAUUAGGCCAAUUUCAUGGGUGUUUGUAUUCUUAAGAAAAAAUUCUGUUGUUGGGUACAAAAAUGAGUAUAAUUCAUGCAUUAGAUAUAUUACACUUGAACAGUCCAUGUCACCCAAACUGAUGUUUAAAAUGUUAGACAAGGCUACCAUUCAAAUUGCUAAGUUCAUUCAGACACUAAGUUAGUAGUGCCUCAGGUGGAUUUUGUAGUCCCCAAGGUAUAGUAAUAAGAUUUGAAUGAGCUUGGAAAGCAGCAAGGGUUCAUAUUGGAGUUUGAAUAUUUUAUGUUCAUCAUGGAGGAGGGCUUCCAGAGGGGAAUUCUACCCAUUAUCAUAUUUGCUUUAAUGCUUGCAAGGGGUC